GAAAAAAAAUUAAAUUAUGAAAUUUUUAACACCUGUUCAUAUAGAAUAAAUAAAUAAUUAUAUUAGUUGGCGCCAGUUGAGAAAUUGAUAGACAAUUUUAAAUAGAAAUUAGAAGGAAUUAUGAAGGUAUAAUUAUGAAUUAAUGAUGUACAUAAGAAUUAUUUAACGCACUACUGUAUUGUACACGAUUUAUGGAAUAUCUGUUUAGUAUCUUCUCAGUAAAGAUAUGCUAUUUUCAUUUUCACAUCGUAAGAGAUAUAAUAAUUGUUGUGUAAUAAUUCGCUAAAUACGGAAAUUGCUUGUUGAACAAUACUGAAGAAAAAAAAAAACAUAAAUAAAUAAUUUUCACGGUCGUUUUCAAAAAUUUUUAGACGAUAAUAGAAAAAGCACGUACACACUUAAUGAAAUUAAUUCAAAACGUAGAUUGAAACAUAAAACUAAAAUGAUGAAAUUUUUACCGAAAAUCGACAAAUUAUUUUAAAAAUAGUGAAUAAAAUUAUCAAUCCAAGGUUUUAAUAGAAGUUUAGAAGGGGAGAAAAGUAACUGAUAAGCAACACUGAUAAAUAGUCAUAUAAAAUCUACAUGAUGUGAAAUUUAUUUUCAUCUUAUUGUUAGUUGCAAUGUAACAAUAGUCAAAAAAAAAAUAUAUAUUUAUAAAUUAAAACUUUUAUCAAAUUGUGAUUCAAACAAAUUUGUCAAAAAAAAAUUAAGAAAAAUUACAUAUUUAAUUAAUUUAAUUAUUGCAUAUACAUAAUUUAAUUCAAUGCAAAUUAAUUAUUUUUAUUGAAUUUUGCGAAAAACUUAAAACUUGAAUAAUAAAAUAUUAAAUGAAACAUCGAAGUAAGUUAAAAUUAACUUAAUUAGGAAUGAAAACGAUUCGGCGGAAUUUACCAAUUGAUUUGAAAGAAAUUAAAGGAAAAUGGAAAAAUCAUAUUCUAAAGAAUGGCCACAAUAUCUUGCAGCAAUCACAGCGACUCUUUCAAUGGCAAUAUCGGGUUCGCAUAUUGGUUGGACAUCGCCAACUUUACCGAAUUUAAAAAGUCCAAAUUCACAUCUACAAAUCAAUUCUGAUGAUGCCUCAUGGAUCGCAUCAUUUUAUCUUUUGGGAUCAAUUCCCGGCAAUAUAAUUGCAGGUUUUAUUGUCGAUUUGCUCGGUAGAAAAGCAAGUUUAAUAGUAGCUGGCAUACCUCUUACAUUUGGAUGGAUUCUCAUUCUCAUUGCUUGGAAUCCAUAUAUCCUAUUUGCAUCGCGUUUCAUCAGUGGCAUUGGUCAGGGAAUUGUUUAUGUAAUUUGUCCCAUGUAUAUUGGUGAGAUUGCUGACAAAAAUAUCCGUGGUUCAUUGGGAUCAUUUAUUAAAUUGAUGGUGACAUUUGGUGAACUCUAUGGUCAUGCAAUUGGUCCAUUUGUAUCGUAUGGCGUUUUUGCCUAUGCCUCAAUAAUUCUACCGAUUAUUUUCUUUCUCACGUUCAGUUUUAUGCCAGAAUCACCGUAUUAUCUAUUAAUGAAAAAUCAACGAUCAAAAGCUGAGAAAAGUCUCGCUUGGUUAAGAAGAUAUAAAAAUGAGGAGGACCUUAAGGAGGAAGCUGAUCAAAUGCAAAAAACAGUAAUUAAAGAUUUAAUGAAUAAAGGUCAUUUUUGGGAUCUUUUUGAUACAAAGGGAAAUAGAAAAGCAGUACUCGUUUCAUUUGGACUUCAAUUUGUACUUCAAUUUAGUGGAAUUGCUGCUAUUGAAAGUUAUACACAGGAAAUAUUUGAUCAAAGUGGCUCGGAAUUCUCGGCAGCGCAGGCAGUGAUUCUUUUGAGUUUAUUACAAUUAUUGGCUGGUUUAGCGGCCGCUGGAUUGGUUGAUAAAAUUGGACGUAUACCUUUAUUGAUGACAACAACAUUUCUCGGUGGCUUAUCAUUGGCGUUGAGUUCAAUUUUUUAUUUUCUCAAAUUUCAAAUUAAAAUUGAUAUGUCCGGAUUGGGAACAAUUCUCGUGGCUUUUGUUAUAUUUUAUGAAUUAAUUAUCGCUCUUGGAUUAAAUCCUCUUCCUUAUAUGAUGCUCGGUGAAUUAUUUUCAACAAGUGUCAAAGGUUUUGCUGUGUCGUUGGCAAAUGUAUGGGGUUCUCUUUUGGCAUUUCUUGUAUCGAAACUCUAUCAAGUUGUGGCUGAUACUUGUGGAAUUUAUGCCUCCUUUGCCUGGUUUGCCACGUCUUGUUUCUUCGGAUUAGUAUUUAUUGCCCUUUGCGUACCUGAAACAAAGGGAAAAAGUCUUAUGGAGAUACAAGAAGAACUUCAUUGCGGUCGUAGAAGAAGGAAGAAAAUGGAAGAAACGAUGAAUGUAAGUACAAUAGCUUAACUCUUGAUGGGAAUACUUGAAAAAAAAGAGACUCAAAUCUUUGUUCUCACCAAAAAUUAAGAGUUAAACUAUUGUCAAAGACACCCUUUGAUCUGAACAAAAAGAAAAUCCCCUUGCAUUUUUGUUUUACUGUGAAUGGAUCCCACAACACCAAUUUUUUUUUCUUCAUUCCUCCAAUGAACUGAAAAAUACAAGUUAAAAUAUUGGACAAAUUUUUUCAUUUCAAUGAAAUAGAACGGAAAUUUUUUUUUUGCACAUUUUAACGAUGAAACGAAAUUGAAUGGAAAAUUGUUCCAUUUCAAUGAAAUGACAAUUUUUUUUUUCUUUUUUUUUUUGUAUUUUAAUGAGACGAGAAAUAAUAUUCUUCGUUGAAAAUAAGAUUGAAAAAAGAAGAAAUGCAAAAAAUAAAUAAUACCUUAUCUAAAUUUAUUAGAUUAACUGCCAGUGCGCAUGUUCUCGUCUGAAUAGACGAGAUUGAUUUAAAUUUCAUGACGACACGCAACACUAUAGUAGAAAUGAAAUGUCCAAUAGUUUUCAAUUAAAAUCUUCAUUCAGGUAAUAAAUAGGAAAAUGAAAUUUUAAUUAACAAACUAUAUUACGCUUUUGUUUAAAUGAAUAGCAAACUGCCAAAUAUGAUGAUAAUCAUAAUAUCUCAUAUCCUGUGAAUCCAAAACGUCUUUCCAUUUCAUUUUUAAACUGCAAAAAAAAGAGAAAUAGUAUUAAUAUAAAUUAAAUAAUUUUAAUUCAUAAUUAAAAGAUCCGAGUAAAAUUUAAAAUAUACUUUUGGCAGGGUAUUAAAAAAAAUCAUUGAGACUGAUAUUUAUUUGAAUCAUGAAGUAUUUUCUUCAUUUUUUUUUUUUUUGUAGUGAAAUGCCAAAAGUUAUGAAUUUUCAAAUUGUUAUCAUGUUUGAAGUUAAUUAAAAAUGUAUCAUUAAAAAACAGUAAAGAACAAAAAUAAAAAGAAAAUGAGAAAUGAAAAUUGUAAAAUUCCCCAAUAAUGAAAAUGUAUUUCAAUUAAUUUAAAAAAAUAAUCUCACUACGAAUAAUAAUGUAAACAUUAUUAUUACUAUUAUAUUUACACGUUUUGUGUUCUCUUUUGAAAAUAAAUGACUGAUUUUACCCACGUAAUAACGAUAAAAUAAUGUUUACGCAUACGUAUAAAAAAAGAUUCUCUAAACGUCAUUUUUGUAUUACGUAGAGAAAAAUGUAAAUUUUAAAAAUCUCAUUAUGUUCAACGUAUAAUAUAAAAGGAAAUUAAGCAUCAUAAUAUUUUUUUUCAACCUUAUCAGAGAGUCUUUGUUUUCAAACAAUAGUGACAAUAAAUUAUAAGAAAAAAAUGUGUUAAAAAACGAUAACAAGGUCUUAGUAAAAUUUUUUUUUUAAAUUGUUCGACUCUCCAAUUGAUGAAAAUAAAUAAUAUUUCACUCAUAAUAUAAAUAACUGACAUUCUAUGA